CCGCCCCACUCACUCGGAGACCUCUCACUUCUCUCGUGCUCGCUCGCCAGAAUCUCGCCGGGAAAUCUGCAUUUUCUUAUUUUGGAUUCCCGGUCAGUUGUCGGUUUGCGAGAUAUAGAAGAUGAGAGAAAUCCUUCACGUUCAAGGUGGUCAGUGCGGGAACCAGAUCGGUUCGAAAUUCUGGGAAGUUGUCUGUGACGAGCAUGGGAUCGAUCCGACAGGACGCUACACUGGAAGCUCUGAUCUCCAGCUGGAGCGUGUAAACGUCUACUACAACGAGGCAUCGUGCGGUAGAUUUGUUCCACGUGCUGUUCUCAUGGAUCUUGAGCCUGGUACCAUGGACAGCGUGAGAACCGGUCCAUAUGGUCAAAUCUUCAGACCUGACAACUUUGUGUUUGGUCAGUCUGGUGCUGGUAAUAACUGGGCCAAGGGGCAUUACACCGAAGGAGCCGAGCUUAUUGAUGCGGUACUCGAUGUUGUGCGCAAGGAAGCUGAGAAUUGUGACUGUCUUCAGGGUUUCCAAGUGUGCCACUCGCUAGGUGGAGGUACUGGGUCUGGAAUGGGAACUCUGCUCAUCUCUAAGAUCAGGGAAGAGUAUCCCGACAGAAUGAUGCUCACUUUCUCCGUCUUCCCAUCACCAAAGGUCUCCGACACAGUUGUCGAGCCGUACAAUGCCACCCUUUCGGUUCAUCAGCUGAUUGAAAAUGCCGAUGAAUGUAUGGUUCUAGACAACGAGGCCCUCUACGACAUCUGCUUCAGAACGCUCAAGCUUACCACUCCUAGCUUCGGUGAUCUGAACCAUCUCAUCUCUGCAACAAUGAGCGGAGUCACAUGCUGUCUCAGGUUCCCGGGUCAGCUCAACUCCGACCUCCGAAAACUCGCGGUGAACCUCAUCCCAUUCCCACGUCUCCACUUCUUCAUGGUCGGUUUCGCCCCUCUCACCUCUCGGGGUUCCCAGCAAUACCGCGCCCUCACCGUCCCCGAACUCACCCAACAAAUGUGGGACGCCAAGAACAUGAUGUGUGCCGCCGACCCGAGACACGGCCGUUACCUCACGGCCUCGGCAAUGUUCCGGGGAAAGAUGAGCACUAAAGAGGUCGACGAGCAGAUGAUCAAUGUGCAGAACAAGAACUCGUCCUACUUCGUGGAGUGGAUCCCGAACAACGUGAAGUCGAGCGUGUGCGAUAUCCCGCCCCGAGGUCUGUCCAUGGCGUCGACGUUCAUAGGGAACUCGACGUCGAUACAGGAGAUGUUCAGGAGGGUGAGCGAGCAGUUCACGGCCAUGUUCAGGAGGAAGGCCUUCUUGCAUUGGUACACAGGCGAAGGCAUGGACGAGAUGGAGUUCACCGAGGCUGAGAGCAACAUGAACGAUCUCGUGUCCGAAUACCAACAGUACCAGGACGCGACCGCUGACGAGGAACUCGAGUACGAGGAAGAGGAAGAGGAGGAGGCGGCCGACCACCACCAGUGAUGCUGUAAUUACCGAUUUACCCCCCUGUCCUGUCAUGUUUUCAGAAUUUUAUACAGUGCGUGUAUUAUUAUGUUUUGUGCAUUUGAUUCUCAUUUAUUGUUUUUGGGUUUUUAUUGUAAUCAAAUUCGGAUUUUUUCUUUUUCUUUUUUGGUUCAGUGAUUGGCAUUGUGUAAAAGUGAGUUGGAAUUGUUUGUUUGUUUUUCCCCUGUUUUUUUUUUUGUGUUAUAAGUGAAUCAGGUUAAUUGAAUUUUAA